CUCUUCUAUGUAAUAAUAAUAAUAAUAUACAAACCCUAACUUAAAUUAGGAAAUAAGAUAAGUUCCCAUAUUCAAAUGCCCUUUGCCUUCUUUCUAAGUUUCUCUAGUUAUCAUCAUUUCAAUACACAAAUUAAAAGGACCAAAGCAUAUCAUUCUUUUUUUUUUUUUUCUUUUAUUCUCAAUUUUACUAUUAAAAUUCUCAAUCAAGUUCUUCCCUAAUAAUUAUUUACCUUUUCAAUAAAUAAAUAAAUAAAUAAAGCAAGUAAAGUUGCAAAUUUAGUCCUUCAUGAGCUUUUCUUUUAAUUUUAUGUUUGUAUAAUAAAUCCCUAAAUUUUUAAUUUUAUAUCUAAAUACAUACAUCUUUUAAUAUCUAAAAAAGAUUAUUUUGUUAAAUAUACCUAAAUCAAACUUUGUAUUUAAUAGAAUCUUACAGAUUUAAUUAACAUUGUUUCUUUAGUUGAGAUAAAUGACAACUUCCUCUAGAAAGUGACAAGAUCCAUCCUCAUGUUACACUUAUUUUUUUACCAUAUCAUGAUGGAGAAUGUUAUGUUAGCAAAUCUCACAAUGUUGAAUAUGGACAGUAGUUUGGAAGUUGCAAGGUUGUGUUCGGUGAAACAUAUGUUGAUGACUAAAAAACUUUCAUGGAGCCAAAUAGAUUAUACUUGUCUAAAUCACUUUUCUAAUUCUAAUAUCAUAUACAGUAAAAUUUUGAAAUCAAUAUAAUCACAUGAAAAAAAAAUGAAAAAUAGAUAUAAUCGAUACGUCUAUCAAUAAAUGAUAAAUCUUGAACUUAAAUUUAAUCUCCCAACCUUAAUUCACCUUUUAAAUCAUUAAACUUUUAAAAGUGUCAAGAUAUUCCCGGAACUAAAUAAUUAAUACAUUAUUUGAAAAUUUUAAAACUUUAUUACUAGAUGUAAUCUUUUUAUGUUGAAUAAAACCAUAAACUUCUUGUGAAUUAUAAAAAAAAAUGAUUGAGGGAGUGUUAAGUCUAGGGACUAAAAUCUUAAUUUAAACUCAAUUUUAUUGAAUUAUUACAAGAAUCAUCAUUAAAAUAUUAUAUAUAAAUAUAUAUAUAUAAAUGUUAGGCUUUUGUUAGAAGAAUCAUUAUUGAAAAGAAAGAGUUCCUGAUGUGUUCAAUAAAUAACAAAAGACGUGUACCGAUGGGGCUUAAGAGAAACAUAAUACUAACAUUAAAUUUCGUAUAAAUAGACAUAUUCAAUACUUAAUCAUGGUACAUUAAAAGUCUAACAUUCAAGACUAAGAAAUCAAACCUUAAUUUGUCUCCAUCCUCAGAUCUUGAUUUAACUCUUGUUAGUUAAAGAAAGGUUAAAGAAAGUUCAAGAGUAAGAGUUGUUUUCUUGCACACUUGUGCAUGCACACACUCACCAAGGACAAUCAACCUCUCAACAAGUAACAUCGUCUUCCUCUUCAAAGAAAGGAACACGAAGAAAACAACAAUGGGCAACAGAGUUAAAUGAAUGCCUACUAGAAAUGAAAGAAUCCACAUUUAUGAUUUCAAACAAAUCAACAAAUGACUCACUAAGGACACAAAUGAUAUCAACCAAAUUAGCUCCCCUCUUAGAACCCAACGUAGAUAGGAGAGUCCUGCGAGUCAUGAACAAAGUAAACCGACCGAGUAACUUGAAUUAUUUAAACUAAACGAUAGCGGUUUCAAAUGUCCACCAAGUUCUACAACAGCAAGACCCAAUCUACUCACAAGAAGAGUUUGAUCCUAACUCAGAAGGCGAAUGAGUAUGAUCUCGACAAAAAGACAAAGACCACAGAGGAGCAUGCUUUCGUGGAAAAUUCAGACUUUCCUUUUAUGCUGCCAUCACCCACCCCACGAGGCAUGUGCAUUAAGCCUCUAGCAAUCUCCCACACAAGAGAGACCAUUUAAUCCUUAACUUCAAAAUUACCUUAUAUGAAUAACCCACCAUACUUACAUUAAACCUAAUCAAACCAGAAUUACCAAAGUGGGGUGAAAAGAAAAAAAAGAAGAUAACAUGGGAAGUUACAAGCAGUGAGGCAUUGUUACCUUAAUGGGAUAGAUAUUGAAUCUCCAAGAAAAAUCCACACCCUUCAAUUGAAAAAGUCAAGCAGUUGGUCAAUAAGUCAAAAUAAUAAGCUCUUCACGGUUUUGUUUCUAUCGUCACUAUUCCAACCCUUUCCUUCUCAUUCACUCCCCCUUCCUUUUCUUCUUCCUUUUUUUCCUUUUCUUUUUUCCCUUUCCUUUUCCCCCACCAACACCCACAAACCAAAUCUUCCACUUCCAGGAAAAACCAACCCAUUCGAUAAUGGCGAUGAAAACCCAUUCUUCAUUCUGAAUUCCCACAAACCCCUUUUCUUUUCUCAACAUAAACUCCCAAUUUUAGAUUCAAGACAGCUAUUUCAUUUUGGCCAAUGUCACAACAGAAGACCAUUUCCCACAUCGAUAACUUGCCAUCAACGCCGGGGAAGUUCAAGACGGAGAAAUCACCGCCCUACAUUCACCGGUUGAGGGUUCAUUCCGCCAUUUCCAGGCUCACUCUAUGGUCUUUCUUGUUCUUGAUUUUCAUUAUCUGUUUCUUUUUCCUCUCCCCUCCUUCAUCCUCCGUCUCACCUCGCCGAGCCCUUGGCGGGGACUCUUGGGGUGGCCAUAAUUGGGAGAAAAAGGUCAGCCGUUCUGCUCAAACUCAAACUGGCAUCACCGUCCUUGUCACUGGCGCUGCUGGGUUCGUCGGAACUCAUGUCUCAGUUGCCCUGAAACGACGAGGUGAUGGGGUUCUUGGACUCGAUAACUUCAAUGACUACUACGAUCCACAGCUCAAAAGAGCUCGGAGGAAGCUUCUUGAUCGUGCUGGUGUGUUUGUUGUAGAAGGAGACAUUAAUGAUUCGGAAUUGCUCCGUAAGCUCUUUGAUGUUGUGGCUUUCACCCAUGUUAUGCACCUUGCGGCUCAGGCUGGAGUCAGGUAUGCAAUGCAGAAUCCAGGUUCUUAUGUGCACAGCAAUAUUGCUGGGUUUGUGAACCUUUUGGAAGCUUGUAAGUCGGCAAAUCCACAGCCCGCCAUUGUUUGGGCUUCUUCUAGCUCAGUCUAUGGAUUGAAUUCUAAGAUACCCUUUUCAGAAAAGGAUCGAACUGAUCAUCCAGCGAGUCUUUAUGCUGCUACAAAGAAGGCUGGAGAGGAGAUAGCUCAUACUUACAAUCAUAUUUACGGGCUUUCAAUCACUGGUUUGAGAUUCUUUACUGUUUAUGGACCUUGGGGUCGCCCUGACAUGGCGUAUUUCUUCUUCACUAGGGAUAUUCUUAAGCGGAGACCGAUAACAAUCUAUGAAGCUCCUGAUCAUGGUACAGUUGCUAGAGAUUUUACUUAUAUUGAUGAUAUAGUGAAAGGGUGUUUAGGGGCUCUUGAUACUGCAAAGAAGAGUACAGGGAGUGGUGGGAAGAAGAGGAAGCCUGCACAGUUGAGGAUUUUCAAUUUGGGAAACACAUCACCAGUACCGGUGAGUGAGCUUGUUUCCAUAUUAGAGAAGCUGUUGAAAGUUAAGGCAAAGAAGAAAAUUCUGCCAAUGCCUAGAAAUGGAGAUGUUAAGUUCACACAUGCCAACAUAAGUUUGGCUCAUAAGGAGUUUGGUUACAAGCCGACAACGAAUCUCAGGACUGGACUGGAGAAGUUUGUGAAUUGGUACCAGGAUUACUAUUCUGGUUCCAAGAAGGGAAUUGCCCGGGCUUUCUCUAACAUUUAGAUUCUCCUUCACAAUUAAUGUUGCGUGUGUCCACUGAUCAUCAAUCUUUGAUAAUUUGCUGGAUCUUUAAGGCAUAUUGUGCUUUCAAAGAAGCAGCACCUCCUCCUGCAUUACAUUUGGUUUUUGCUCUUCAUUGCCAUUUUCUGUCAGCAGGACUAGAAGCCUCUUUUCAUAAUUGUCCCACAUGUUGCUUCAUUGGUUUUGUUCUUUUUCUGUAUUUUUCAUAAGGACUAUAUUCUGUUGAGGCUAUACAGUUCAUGAGUGAGAGAAAUGAAACAUCCUGGCCGGUUGGUGGACUUCACUUACCAUCUUGAAUAACAUAGCAACUUAUGAAAUGGCUUCUGUUUAUGUGAGAUUGUAAGUCAUAAGUCCCAUUCUCUGAAUAUUGUAUUGACCCCCAACUAAUGUUUACAAAGUACAUGUUAAAGCUGUAGCAAGUUUCUGGCUAGCCAUUCAGUUCUAUACUCAAGUUGGUUGAAGGAGCA